GGUCAUAGCAUAUCAUUUGAUGUAAUGUGUAGUGCUCUGAUGCUGGUGUAAAUGUAAUAUACCAAUAUAACAACUUUAAUUGGAGCACCUGCAGCUUUUGAUUGGAUAAGCAAUGUAACUAAUACAAUUAUAUUUCUCUUUCGCCUACAGGAUAACAGUCAGUGGCUGAAGGAACAGUGCAUGAGGAUAGGUGACGCCUACAUCAUCGUCUACUCAGUGACAGACAAGUCCAGCUUUGAGAAGGCGUCAGAGCUACGCAUCCAGCUGCGCAGAGCUCGCCAGUCUGAGAACAUUCCCAUCAUCCUUGUGGGCAACAAGAGUGACCUGGUGCGGUCCAGAGAAGUCUCUGUGGAUGAGGGCAGCGCCUGUGCUGUGGUGUUUGACUGCAAGUUCAUCGAGACCUCAGCCAAUCUCCACCACAACGUCAGGGACCUGUUCGAGGGCAUGGUCCGGCAGAUCCGGCUGCGCAAAGACAGCAAGGAGGAGAACGCUCGCCGUAUGGCCAACUGCAAGCGACGCGAGAGCAUCGGCAAGAAGGCCAAGCGUUUCCUGGGCCGGAUGGUGGCCCGGAAGAACAAGAAGAUGGCCUUCAGCCUCUCGGUCCUCUGAGAGUACAGUAUCUGGACUGCUGUUUUCUCUUUGGCCUUCAAGACCAGACGCUGUGUGUUUUUUGAACACUAAACCCCAAGG